CUAGCAAAUAAACUUUAGCAAAGUUUGUUUUUCCUUGUGGUCACAGAGAAUUGUUUUUCGGUUUGUACUAAAUUCUGAUUAUUGCUGUUAUUCCUUUGGUUAUUCCAUUGUUGUAGCAGUUGUAAGGGUCAUGUUUUGGAUAAACACUUAUGCCAAAUGCAUUUAAUGCAAUAAAUUACAUGAUAUAACAUGACUUUUGGUGUUUUUGACAUCCACAGGAGGCCAAAGGAACUGGUUGCAAGUGUUGUGUAAUGGGGGAGUUCCCACAGAACUGGCUCUUCUCUAUAUGAUUGAAGCUGGUCCUGGGGAAAUACCUGUAGACUUUGGCAAACAAUAUUCUGCUUCAUGGAUGUGCUUAUCACUUUUGGGAGCCCUUGCUUGCAGCACAGGGGACACCUGGGCUUCAGAAGUGGGUCCUGUGCUUAGUAAGAGCAAACCCAAGCUCAUCACCACCUGGAAAGAUGUCCCAGCAGGUACCAAUGGAGGAGUGACAGCUGUUGGUCUAGUGGCUAGUUUAUUGGGUGGAGCCGCAGUGGGUGGAGCAUAUUUCUUCACCCAGUUGCUGUUGGUUAAAGAGUUGCAUUUGGCAGUUCCGCAGUGGCCGAUUAUCUUCUAUGGAGCCAUAGCAGGUCUGCUUGGAUCACUGCUGGACUCAUUCCUGGGUGCCACCAUGCAAUUUUCAGGAUACGACGAAACCAUCAGGAAAGUUGUGAGUCAUGAGUCACCUAAUGUCAAAAGAAUAAGUGGGAAACCCAUUCUGGAUAACAAUGGAGUGAAUCUUUUCUCUUCCAUCCUCAUAGCUCUGUUCUUACCUGGGUUUGCUUGGGUAUUCUGGCCUUGGCAAUGAAUUGUGAGAUUUUAUUGUUUAAGAUUUAUUUCCAAAUUAUGCUAAAACAAACAAAUUUCUUUAUUUUUAGACAAAAUCUCCAAGUAAAUCAUAAUAUGUGUCUCUAUGCGCCCAAGAUGAUGUAAAAAAUGUGGAAUGAACUACCUUUCUCCAAUACAAGCACUAGAUGGCAAAUUGUAUAAGUGCAUAAUCAGGGCUCAACGCUAAGGAUUUUUUCUACUGACCCGAACAAGCAAUUGGUUCAAAUGUUUCCUUGCCCUGCCAAUAUUUUCACUUGCCUCUACCACAAUAAAUACAUAAUUAUGAAGUAAAUAAAUAAUUUUGUCUA